CCCCAAGACUGCUCGAGUCUAUAAAACCCGGAGUCCCAGACUGGAGGGGAGAUUUGGACGCCCUGGCCUGGGAGGUGUGCCAGAUCUGAGCUCUCCAUCCAGUUCCUUCUCGUCAGCGCCCCCAGUUGGAGGGGACCAACUAGGCACCAUGGCGCAGAAGACCCAACUCAGUGAUGAUGAGAAAUUCCUCUUUGUGGAUAAAAACUUCAUCAACAGCCCAGUGGCCCAGGCUGACUGGGUAGCCAAAAGGCUGGUCUGGGUCCCUUCUGAGAAGCAAGGCUUUGAGGCUGCCAGCAUCAAGGAGGAGAAAGGGGAUGAGGUGGUGGUGGAGCUGGUGGAGAAUGGCAAGAAGAUCACAGUCGGCAAAGAUGACAUCCAGAAGAUGAACCCGCCCAAGUUCUCGAAGGUGGAGGACAUGGCGGAGCUGACGUGCCUCAAUGAGGCCUCUGUGCUGCACAACCUGAGGGAGAGGUACUUCUCAGGACUCAUCUACACCUACUCCGGCCUCUUCUGCGUAGUGGUCAAUCCCUACAAGCACCUGCCCAUCUACUCGGAGAAGAUCGUGGACAUGUACAAGGGCAAGAAGAGGCACGAGAUGCCGCCUCACAUCUACGCCAUCGCCGACACGGCCUACAGGAGCAUGCUGCAGGAUCGUGAGGACCAGUCCAUUCUGUGCACAGGCGAGUCUGGAGCUGGCAAAACAGAAAACACCAAGAAGGUCAUCCAGUACCUGGCUGUGGUGGCCUCCUCACACAAGGGCAAGAAGGACACCAGCAUCACGCAAGGCCCAUCUCUUGCCUACGGAGAGCUUGAAAAACAGCUUCUACAAGCAAACCCGAUUCUGGAGGCCUUUGGCAAUGCCAAAACAGUGAAGAACGAUAACUCCUCUCGAUUCGGCAAGUUCAUCCGCAUCAACUUUGACGUCACCGGCUACAUCGUGGGAGCCAACAUCGAGACGUAUCUGCUGGAGAAGUCUCGGGCGAUUCGCCAAGCCAGGGAGGAGAGGACAUUCCACAUCUUUUACUAUCUGAUUGCAGGAGCCAAGGAGAAGAUGAAAAAUGACCUGCUCCUGGAAGGCUUCAGCAACUACACAUUUCUCUCCAAUGGCUUCGUGCCCAUCCCGGCCGCCCAGGAUGACGAGAUGUUCCAGGAAACGCUGGAGGCCAUGUCCAUCAUGGGCUUCAGCGAGGAAGAGCAGCUGUCCAUAUUGAAGGUGGUGUCCUCUGUCCUCCAGCUGGGAAAUAUCGUCUUCAAGAAGGAAAGAAAUACAGACCAAGCAUCCAUGCCAGAUAACACAGCUGCUCAGAAAGUUUGCCACCUUGUGGGAAUUAAUGUGACAGAUUUUACCAGAUCUAUUCUAACCCCACGUAUCAAAGUUGGACGGGAUGUGGUACAGAAAGCUCAGACAAAGGAGCAGGCUGACUUUGCUAUAGAGGCUUUGGCCAAGGCCACCUAUGAACGCCUUUUCCGCUGGAUACUCAGCCGCGUCAACAAAGCCCUGGACAAGACCCAUCGGCAAGGAGCUUCCUUCCUGGGCAUCCUAGAUAUUGCUGGAUUUGAGAUCUUUGAGGUGAACUCCUUCGAGCAACUGUGCAUCAACUACACCAACGAGAAGCUGCAGCAGCUGUUCAACCACACCAUGUUCAUCCUGGAGCAGGAGGAGUACCAGCGGGAGGGCAUCGAGUGGAACUUCAUCGACUUCGGCCUCGACCUGCAACCCUGCAUCGAGCUCAUCGAGCGCCCGAACAACCCUCCUGGUGUGCUGGCCCUGCUGGAUGAGGAGUGCUGGUUCCCCAAAGCCACUGACAAGUCUUUUGUGGAAAAGCUGUGCACUGAACAGGGCAACCACCCCAAGUUCCAGAAGCCCAAGCAACUCAAAGAUAAAACCGAGUUCUCCAUCAUCCACUAUGCGGGAAAGGUGGACUACAAUGCAAGUGCCUGGCUGACUAAGAACAUGGACCCACUGAAUGACAAUGUGACCUCCCUCCUCAACGCCUCCUCAGACAAGUUCGUAGCUGACCUGUGGAAGGAUGUGGACCGCAUCGUGGGGCUGGACCAGAUGGCCAAGAUGACAGAGAGCUCGAUGCCCAGUGCCUCCAAAACCAAGAAAGGAAUGUUCCGCACAGUGGGGCAGCUAUAUAAGGAGCAGCUGGGCAAGCUGAUGACCACGCUGCGCAACACAACACCCAACUUUGUGCGCUGCAUCAUCCCCAACCAUGAGAAGAGGUCUGGCAAGCUAGAUGCCUUCCUGGUGCUGGAGCAGCUGCGGUGCAAUGGUGUGCUGGAGGGCAUCCGCAUCUGCCGACAGGGCUUCCCCAACAGGAUUGUCUUCCAAGAGUUCCGCCAACGCUACGAGAUCCUGGCAGCAAAUGCUAUUCCCAAAGGCUUCAUGGAUGGAAAGCAGGCCUGCAUUCUCAUGAUCAAAGCCCUGGAACUCGACCCUAACCUGUAUAGGAUUGGACAAAGCAAAAUCUUCUUCCGCACUGGGGUCCUGGCUCACCUGGAAGAGGAGCGAGACUUGAAGAUCACUGAUGUCAUCAUGGCUUUCCAGGCCAUGUGCCGUGGAUACCUGGCCAGAAAGGCCUUUGCCAAGAGGCAGCAGCAGCUGACAGCCAUGAAGGUGAUUCAGAGGAACUGCGCCGCCUACCUCAAGCUGCGCAACUGGCAGUGGUGGCGGCUGUUCACUAAAGUGAAGCCACUGCUGCAGGUGACACGGCAAGAAGAAGAGAUGCAGGCUAAGGAGGAUGAGCUGCAGAAGACCAAGGAGCGGCAGAUGAAGGCAGAGAGUGAGCUCAAGGAGCUGGAACAGAAGCACACGCAGCUGACCGAGGAGAAGAACCUGCUUCAGGAACAGCUGCAGGCAGAGACCGAGCUGUACGCGGAGGCCGAAGAGAUGCGGGUCCGUCUGGCAGCCAAGAAGCAGGAGCUGGAGGAGAUCCUGCAUGAGAUGGAGGCCCGCCUGGAGGAGGAGGAAGACCGGGGCCAGCAGCUGCAGGCUGAGAGGAAGAAGAUGGCCCAGCAGAUGCUGGACCUGGAGGAACAGCUGGAGGAGGAGGAAGCCGCCAGGCAGAAGCUCCAGCUGGAGAAGGUCACGGCCGAGGCCAAGAUCAAGAAACUGGAGGAUGACAUCCUGGUCAUGGAUGAUCAGAACAACAAACUAUCAAAAGAGCGAAAACUCCUUGAAGAGAGGAUUAGUGAUUUGACGACAAAUUUAGCAGAAGAGGAAGAAAAAGCCAAGAAUCUGACCAAGCUGAAAAAUAAGCAUGAGUCCAUGAUUUCAGAACUGGAAGUGCGAUUGAAGAAGGAGGAGAAGAGCCGGCAGGAGCUGGAAAAGCUGAAGCGGAAGCUGGAGGGUGACGCCAGCGACCUCCACGAACAGAUAGCAGACCUUCAGGCGCAGAUCGCAGAGCUCAAGAUGCAGCUGGCCAAGAAGGAGGAGGAGCUUCAGGCAGCUCUAGCAAGGCUGGAUGACGAAAUUGCCCAGAAGAAUAAUGCCCUGAAGAAGAUCCGGGAGCUGGAGGGCCACAUCUCAGACCUCCAGGAGGACCUGGACUCCGAGCGGGCUGCGAGGAACAAGGCCGAGAAGCAGAAGCGAGACCUUGGCGAGGAGCUGGAGGCACUGAAGACGGAGCUGGAGGACACGCUGGACACCACGGCCACCCAGCAGGAGCUCAGGGCCAAGAGGGAGCAGGAAGUGACCGUGCUGAAGAAGGCGCUGGAGGAGGAGACACGAUCCCACGAGGCCCAGGUCCAGGAGAUGAGGCAGAAACACACGCAGGCAGUGGAGGAGCUCACGGAGCAGCUGGAGCAGUUCAAGAGGGCCAAGGCGAACCUGGACAAAAGCAAGCAGACGCUGGAGAAGGAGAACGCAGAACUGGCUGGAGAGCUGCGGGUCCUGGGCCAGGCGAAGCAGGAGGUGGAGCACAAGAAGAAGAAGCUGGAGGUGCAGCUGCAGGAUCUGCAGUCCAAGUGCAGUGAUGGGGAGCGGGUCCGGGUCGAGCUCAACGACAAAGUCCACAAGCUACAGAACGAAGUGGAGAGCGUCACAAUCAUGCUCAACGAGGCGGAGGGCAAGGCCAUCAAACUGGGCAAGGAUGUGGCGUCCCUUGGGUCCCAGCUCCAGGACACUCAGGAGCUGCUUCAAGAAGAAACGCGGCAAAAGCUAAAUGUGUCCACCAAGCUGCGCCAGCUGGAGGAUGAGAGGAACAGCCUGCAGGACCAACUGGAUGAGGAGAUGGAGGCUAAGCAGAACCUGGAGCGCCACAUCUCCACCCUCAAUAUCCAGCUCUCCGACUCGAAAAAGAAACUACAGGACUUGACGAGCACUGUAGAAGCCAUGGAGGAAGGGAAGAAGAGAUUCCAGAAGGAAAUUGAGGGCCUUACCCAGCAAUAUGAGGAGAAGGCAGCUGCUUAUGACAAACUGGAAAAGACCAAGAACAGACUUCAGCAAGAGCUGGAUGACCUGGUUGUUGAUUUGGAUAAUCAGCGGCAACUGGUGUCCAACCUGGAGAAGAAGCAGAAGAAGUUUGAUCAGUUGUUAGCCGAGGAGAAGAACAUCUCUUCCAAAUACGCAGAUGAGAGGGACCGAGCUGAGGCAGAAGCCAGGGAGAAGGAAACAAAGGCCUUGUCCCUGGCCAGGGCUCUCGAAGAGGCCCUAGAAGCCAAAGAGGAGCUCGAGAGGACGAACAAAAUGCUCAAAGCUGAGAUGGAAGACCUGGUCAGCUCAAAGGACGAUGUGGGCAAGAACGUGCAUGAGCUGGAGAAGUCCAAGCGGGCCCUAGAGACCCAGAUGGAGGAGAUGAAAACGCAGCUGGAAGAGCUGGAGGAUGAGCUGCAGGCCACCGAAGAUGCCAAACUGCGGCUGGAGGUCAACAUGCAGGCACUCAAGGGCCAGUUUGAGCGGGAUCUCCAAGCCAGGGACGAGCAGAAUGAGGAAAAGAGGCGGCAGCUGCAGAGGCAGCUUCAUGAGUAUGAGACGGAACUGGAGGAUGAGCGAAAGCAGCGUGCCCUGGCAACAGCAGCCAAGAAGAAGCUGGAAGGGGACCUGAAAGACCUGGAACUUCAGGCUGACUCAGCUAUCAAGGGGAGGGAGGAAGCCAUCAAGCAACUUCGAAAACUGCAGGCUCAGAUGAAGGACUUCCAGAGAGAGCUGGAAGAUGCUCGUGCCUCCAGAGACGAGAUCUUUGCCACUGCCAAAGAGAAUGAGAAGAAAGCCAAGAGUCUGGAGGCUGACCUCAUGCAGCUCCAGGAGGAUCUCGCAGCAGCUGAGAGGGCGCGCAAGCAGGCUGACCUGGAGAAGGAGGAACUGGCUGAGGAACUGGCCAGCAGCUUGUCGGGAAGGAACACACUGCAAGAUGAGAAGCGCCGCCUGGAGGCCCGAAUCGCCCAGCUGGAGGAGGAGCUGGAGGAAGAACAGGGCAACAUGGAGGCCAUGAGUGACCGCGUCCGCAAGGCCACGCAGCAGGCUGAGCAGCUCAGCAAUGAGCUGGCGACGGAGCGCAGCACGGCCCAGAAGAAUGAGAGUGCACGGCAGCAGCUGGAAAGGCAGAACAAGGAGCUCCGCAGCAAGCUGCAGGAGAUGGAGGGAGCAGUGAAGUCCAAGUUCAAGUCUACCAUUGCAGCGCUAGAGGCUAAGAUUGCACAGUUGGAGGAACAGGUUGAGCAGGAGGCCAGAGAAAAACAAGCAGCUGCCAAGACACUGAAGCAGAAGGACAAGAAGCUAAAGGAAGCCUUGCUGCAGGUGGAGGAUGAGCGCAAGAUGGCUGAACAGUACAAAGAGCAGGCGGAGAAGGGAAAUGCCAGAGUCAAGCAGCUCAAAAGGCAGCUGGAGGAGGCAGAGGAGGAAUCCCAGCGCAUCAACGCCAACCGCAGGAAGCUGCAGCGGGAGCUGGAUGAAGCCACUGAGAGCAAUGAGGCCAUGGGCCGCGAGGUGACGGCGCUCAAGAGCAAGCUCAGAGGGGCCCCCCCACAGGAAACCUCGCAAUGACCCACCAGGCGAGGAAACGAGACCUCGACCUCAUUUGUUCCUUCCAGAAGGUCUGGAGGAGGAAGAAGAGUUAUUGAAAAUGCAGAUGGUUCUGAAGAGGAAAUGGACGCUCGUGAUGCGGACUUCAACGGAACCAAAGCCAGUGAAUAAACUCCCUAAAGUUUUACAUCACAACAGGGAAAAAAACAAAACAAAAAUCAACAAAACCCAGCAGGUUUUUACUUAUCAUUGUCCAAAUCCAUUCUCAAAUUCCAGAUCUCACUGCCACCCCUCAGAAUGACUAUAAAAGGACUGCCCUGCGUGUGAAUUUCAAUGUUUAGGUGGUACCAGAAGAAAGAAUCCCAGGAAAUAGGCAGCCUCGCAUCCUGCUGAGUUUUCAAGAAAACAGCCACAGUAACCAGUCAGCAGCAACUUCAUUUACAUGAAGGGAGAGUUUCCAAAAAUGGGUGCCACCAGCCCUGCUCGCCAACAGUGCAUUCCCUACCAUGCAGCCCCCAUCCACUUCUUGAGUGAGACCCUGGUUUGAGAAUUCUCUUCCCCUCUCCUGGCUGCCACACCUGAGACACACACAGUUCACCCAGACCAAGUGCCUUCUGUAGUCACGUGAAUUACAAAGGAAACGCUGCUCUAAGGGCUAAGAGCAGGGAUGCCGCACUGUCUUCUAUGCACCCUGAUUGUACUUAGGGACACCGUCACUAAUAAAAGGUUAUAAAUCACCA